CGCCGUAGCUUCAAUUACACGUCGAAGGUCCGCACGCAAGACAAAACAUUGAGGUUAUAAAGCAUAUAUUGGAAGUCCUGAAAGUAGGAUCCGUGCAUGUGGUGGUGCGAGAUUAAUGCUCACAUAUUUUAACUGAUUGCAACCCGUGAUAGUGCUAUUUGGAAUAAAUCGAAUCAUGGAGUGCGUUAAACCUACUUUCCAAGAACUGAACUGCUGUAUGGGCGAAACAAAAUGUAUACGGAAUGUGUGCAUUUUGGCUCACGUAGAUCAUGGUAAAACGACAUUAUGCGACCUACUUCUAAGUACGAAUUGCUUGGUUAGCCAGCGUAUGGCAGGAUCCUUACGAUAUCUUGACGACCGUCUGGAUGAGCAGGAAAGAGGAAUUACGAUGAAAAGUAGCGCGGUUUCCUUACUAAACGUUCUUCGUGAUGAACGAGCAAAGAAGUAUAGGAGUAUUUUGCUGAACUUGAUAGAUACGCCUGGGCAUAUUGACUUUUCCUCGGAAGUGGGAGCAGCAAUAAGAGUUUGUGAUGGAGCAAUAAUUCUAGUGGAUGCAGCUGAGGGGGUGUGUGUACAAACACGGGAGUCAAUUAGCAAAGCAUAUGAAGAGCAUGUGACGAUGAUUCUGGUCAUUAAUAAACUUGAUAGAUUAAUAAUGGAAUUACAUCAGGAUAUCGACCAAAUGUUCCAGACGAUCAUCCAAAUUAUCGAGGACUGCAAUGUAAUCAUUGCCGAAUUAUAUCAAUAUGGAUUCACUAACCAAAUUGAUAUAGAAAACACAGGAUUGCUGUUCAACCCAACUACAGGAAAUGUGAUUUUUGGAAGCGCUAUUGAUGGUUGGGCGUUCACAACUAUGCAUAUUUCAAACAUGAUGAUCGCAAAUAUUAAUGGUGAAACAGUAGAAUCUCUUAAUGAGAAGAUGUGGAAUUUUGAUUGCUGGGUAGAUUCAAAGGGCGUUAUUAAAACUGGUGCUAGAGAUAAGAUGAAACAAAAUAUAUUCAUUCAACUCUGUCUCAAAACCGUAGUGCAUGUUUACGAGUCCCUUAGUGGAAAAUGUCAGGGCGAUAAACUGCGAGCCAUUUUGGAAAAGCUCUGUAUUACCGAUCCAACACGGGACAUGAUCUGUUCUACUGAUCCUAAGGUGCAAAUUAGAUCAAUUUUGUCGUCGUGGAACCCAUUAUCUCGUACAGUGUUUGAGCAAUGCCUAAAUGUCAUUCCGGCUCCCAAUUGUAUGAAAAAGGAAAAAAUUGACUAUUUACUGAAUUCCAAUUUUUAUGCGGAGGACACGUAUUUGACCAAAUGUGUUAAUAAAUUCUCCCGUUUUUUCAAUGCCGAGUAUUUUAAUGCACCAACAUUGUGCUAUGUUUCAAAGAUGUUUUGUGUAGAUAAUAAAUAUUUGGCUCAGAACGCUUCAACAAUUUUCACCACCACAUUUCGAAGACUUUCAGAAGACUUUCAUCGGGAAAUGCUGAAUUUGUCUUUAUCGGAGACGUCCGAACAGUUAGAAUCACAACCUACAGUGGAGGAACCAGUCGACCUGAGCACAGAUGACUUGAUAUCGAAGAUUUCAUCUGAAAAUGUAGUAAUUGCAUUGACGAGAGUUUUUACUGGAGUAUUGAAAGUUGGGCAGGCGAUAUAUGUAAUAUCCACAGGCUAUGUUCCGGACGAACGUGAUAUUCAAGUAAAUUCAAGCAAAUUUGUAAAAAAAAAUAGACAUGUGAAAAAAGUUGUGAUUAAGCAACUGUACAUGCUGUAUGGGAGAGACUUGAAAGCAGUUAGCAGUGUACCCGCAGGGAAUUUCUGCGGUAUUGAGGGAUUAGGGGGAAGCAUAACCCGUACUGCUACUCUAUCUUCAGAACUGCAUGUUGUCCCUAUAAUAGAGCACCCAACUUAUCUUCCUGUUAUGAAAUAUGCAAUUGAACCGGUUAAUCCCAAGGAUAUUCCGGUGCUGCGAUUUGGAUUAAAAUUACUUGCACAAAGCGAUUCCUGCGUGCAAGUGAUUGUUCAGGAAAAUGGCGAAAUGAUCAUACUAACAGCAGGAGAUGUCCAUUUUGAUAAAUGUAAAGAAGAUUUGGUCAAGAGAUUUGCGAAGAUUGAUAUUCGUGUGUCUAGGCCCAUCGUUUCUUUACGUGAGACUAUUACUAACACCCUAAUUGCUGUCCCUAAGGAGACCAUCGUUGCAAGUCACACAAUAAAAAUGUCUUUGGUUGCUGUCGCUUUACCUCAAAAUAUUGCUCAACUUAUUAGCAUUAACUACGACCUAAUAAAAAUGAUCACAGAGCGGCAGAGUUAUGGUUGGAUUGAUUUACUUAGAAAAUACAACGAGUUUGCUGAUAAGGAACCAUUAGCCAGGCUACCAAAAGAGCAAACUUUCAAAAGCGAACUGACCACUCGUGCAGUAGCACAUUUCAAGGAUUUAUUAUAUGCUACAUUUGAACAAAAUGGUAUUGUAUGGGACAAUCUAAAGAACAAAAUCUGGUGUGUUAGUCGAACUCCAGACUGUGCUAACAUUCUUAUCAACAACAGCAGAGAUUAUGUACAUAAUAUAUUCCUAGAAACAAAUGUGCAGGACCAAAGAACCUUCUUAGCCCAAUGUGUACUCAGAGCAUUCCAAAGCUGUGUUAAAGCGGGACCAAUCUGCGAAGAACCGUUAAUGAAUUGUGCCUUUAUCGUGAACGAUUUUGAACUGGCCAGAGAUAUCCAACCUGUGGCAAUUACUCCACAAUUGAUGUCGUUUGAGGAAAAUGCGAUUAAAGCUGCCCUGACUGCCGCCCUGGAGAAUGGCGACCUACGAUUAAUGGAACCGAUGUACACCACUUCCAUUCGAGUUAAUACAAAUGUUUUAGGUAAAGUGUACACAGUCAUUGGGAAGCGUCGUGGCCAAGUUUACGAUGCGGUUGGAAUGGACGAGAAAGAAAAAAUCUAUCUUGUACAAGCCAAGAUUCCAGUACUGGAAAGCGAGGGAUUUGCGAAUGAAAUUAGAAAAAAUAGCUCUGGCCAAGCCAAUCCGAGUUUAAAGUUUAGUCACUACGAGGUAAUUGAUGCAGAUCCAUUCGUUGAGGUCGUUCAAGAAGAUGAUGAUAGCGACGAUGAGUCUGAGAUGAAAAUGGAUUGCGCUUUGCGAGCCAAUAAGCUGAGAAAAGAUAUGAGGAGGCGUAAAGGGCUUCAAGUUGAAGAUGAAGUUGUGGUGCACGCGGAAAAGCAGCGCACUUUAAACAAAAAGAAGUAGUUGACACAAAUUUGUAUAUUUCGUUAUUUAUUGUUCGUCGUUUUUUAAGUAUUUUUGUGAUAUGCGAAGAAACUAAACUAUUUUCUGUUCUUUGAUUUAUUUGAACCGAACAAAUAAUUUGCUUUGGGGUGCUAUGUUAGCACAGUUACUAUCAGCCAAAAUCAAGUAGAUUCUGCUCAUUACUUCUUAGAUAUGCCACUACUUGACUACUUGAUCUGAAUUAUAGACAUUUGAGUUGCCGUUUCUUCUCAUAGCCGUAGUUAAAGCCAUGUUUUGAAUAGAAAUUUAAAUUUUAAAUCAAUAGAAUGUAAUAACAUACGUCGAUUUUUUUUUACGUAAACCUUCGCUCGCUGUUAUUUAACUUUGCGAUAAUUUUUUGGAUGUUAGUUGUAAGGAUUUUAUGUAUACAUCGAUAUUUUUUUACAUGAAGUCGUUAUUUUAAUAAAGCUAUUUUUUUCUGUAA